CAAGAAACAUCAUUAAAACAAAUAUUGCUGUCUCUUCCACGUCAACUCUCCUGAGCAAGUUCGCGAGGACUCUUAAAUUCGCGGCACAUAUUACCGCUUCCCUGUUUGAUUUUUGUCCCCUUUGAGUACUGAGUAGAGAACUGGAUCCGAAGCUGUACGGAUGGAAUCCCCAGGUGUUCCUGUUCGCAGCAAGUCGAUACGAUCAGGCACGAGAUGGGGAGAUUUUGAACCUCGCCAAACGCAGGUGUCCAGUUAGGAUCGAGAAGAGGGUGUCGAAAGUCAGUGUCAGUUUGAACAGGGCCUCAGUCGUGAUUGUGACUACACCUUGCGAGGCUUUUCACAACUCCUUUCCUAUUUCGUUCGUCAUGGAUCUGUGUAUUUUCCAUCGACUUUUCUCCUUCGUCGUGUUGAUGCUAUGGGAGGAAGCGGAGUGUUCUAUGUUGAAUUUCCUCCUCACGCAACCGAUGCCUCAAUUGGAAUUGGAUCCGGAUGUCGGCACUGUUCAUCCUCUGGUCACCGCUAACAUCAAGGACUUUAAGCAUUGUUCGCCUGGGAACACUGAGUCGUGUGGCAGCGGCCAGUUUUGCGACCUUCAUUAUGGAGUGUGCCUGAGAUUGAAGAAAGAGGGAGAAGCCUGCCGGACUGACCUGCACUGUUCACACGGACUCGACUGCCUCUUCGGCACCUGCCACCCUCAUCUCAACCGAGGGAAAGAUGGAGCUCGAUGCGAGAGGGACGAAGACUGCAUGCCGGGGCAUUGUUGUGCCCGAAAGCAUGGGCAAAAAGUGUGCAAGAAGAAAAUCUCGUUGGGGCAUCGAUGCUACGUCCCUUCAGGGGGAAUGGACUACAGCCUCAAUGAACUCUGUCCCUGCGUCGACGGCCUCGUCUGCAAGUUCCGUGGAAAGCAUCGUAAAAAGGAUGACCUGUCUUGGCGACAUUGGUCAACGUUUGAUCACUUCCGAUGCUCCCCUAUCUGAGACCGGAGUCCUCCGUUGCCUCAUCGUACCAGUGAUCUCCCUCCCAGUUCGCC